AUGACAUGAUGAUCAACUUCUUACGAUGCCUCUUGUUGUUCAAAGCUUAACACGUUUGGAAGUGUGGGAAUGCCAUAAGUUGAAGUGUGCAUUUACUUCAUGUAUGGUUAAAAGCUUUGUGCAACUAGAAACACUUAUUGUUUCUCAUUGUGAUGAAAUGGAAAACGUAAUUGAAGGAAUACUAGGUGGAGAAGAAAGGAUUAACAACAGCAUAAGGGUGUUCCCUAAGCUUAACUCGUUGAAACUCAACAAUCUUUCUAAUCUCAAAAGAUUUUGUUGUGGAAUCAAUUCAAUUGAAUUUCCAUUUUUAAGGAAAUUAGAAAUAAAGAAAUGUCCUGUUUUGAGUGCAUUCCAUUUUGAGACUGCAAGUAUUGGAAACAAUAUCUCAUUCGAUCCUAGUGUACCUCAGGCACAAUAUCUCUUCAGUGAGAAGGUGAUAUUUCCUGUGCUAGAGAAAUUGGGUAUUUGUUGUGGCAUUGAAUAUGAGGUACAAGAUGUUGAUUUGGAUAUUAGAACAACUAUGGAAUGUGAGCUAGAAGCAUGUCGUGAUGAUGAUAGCGUGAAAGAAUUGGUAAAGAAGUGUUUGAGUAGUAGUGGUGGCAUGGAAAACGUGGAAAGGUUAUGGCCUAACCAACUUGAUGAACAUUCCUAUUCUAAACUAACUUCUUUUUUCUUGGAAGGUUGUCCUAAGUUGUUGAAUGUUUUUCCAUUGAGUAUGUUGAUGAGACUUCAAAAGCUUGAGAAUUUGAGCAUAUGGAAUUGUGAAUCAUUAGAAGAAAUAAUAUGUGAAUCCCAAUCCUAAGAAAUUAACGUUAGUACUCUCAUUGGCUUGCCAAAUCUAAAAAGUAUAUGCCAUAAGACGCAGGCCAUAAGUUGGCAUUUAUUGAAGAAGAUGGAAGUGUAUGGAUGUAACAAAGUGGAGAUAUUGUUUGCUUCUCAAGAAAUAAGUGGAAACAUUAAUGAACAACCCCUCUUUUGGGUAAAUAAGUAUAUGUUUCCAAAUCUACAUCAACUUACUUUGGGAUGGAAUGUUGGAGUGAAAGAGAUAUGGCGUUUAAUUCCAUCAUCAAUAUCUUUCCAAAAUCUGAUAAUUUUGGAGGUAAGAGAAUGUGAUGGAAUCAUAAAACUAAUUACACAUUCCACAGCCAAAAGUCUAGUGCAUCUCAAAGAAAUGAGUAUACUAAAUUGCAAAAUGAUAGAAGAAAUAAUAGAAGGUGGGGACAAAAAUGAUCAAGAUGAAAUCAUUUUUCCACAACUCAACAGUUUGGAACUUGAAUCUCUACCAAAGUUAGAAAGCUUCUGCUCAUCAUGGAAUUAUACCUUUGGAUUCCCAUCCUUACAAACUGUAAUUGUGGAAGAUUGUCCAAAGAUGAAGAUAUUCUCUCAAGGACACUCAAACACUCCAAUGUUGAACGAAGUAGAAUUCCAUUGGAGUAGAUGUUAUGAAGAGCGUUGGGAAAGCGACCUUAAUAGCACCAUACGACAAUUUUUCAGAGAACAUGUAUGCGUAUUUCCAAAUUUCCUUAUUAUUUAGUAUUUAGAAAAAUUAGUAAUUGGUUUUAGGUUUCAUUAUCGAUAAUAUUCUCUAAUCAAUACCAAAGAAAUGGAAUGAGAAAAAGCUUUGUUAAGGUUAAUAGACAUAAUAGAGAAAGAGCAUGGUGAAGAAAAAAUGAUAUUUAUUAUUAAAA